AUGCACGUGUACUUCAGUGUCCCAACGAAUAACAAUGACAAGAAAAGCAAACGAAGCAGUUGGAGAUGGGAGAGUAUUUCACAGAGUAAUUUCGGAAGCGGAUUGGGAAUCUCUCUCUGUGUCUCUGUCUGUCUGUCAGUCUCUCUCUCUCUUUCUCUCUCUCUCUCUCUCAUAUCUCACUUCAAGAUGUGGAAUGCCAUCACUCACUAUAGAUCGCUUUCCCUCAUAACUUCUCCCCCUAUCUUUGUGGAACAUGCCCCACCUCCUAUUUGCUUAAACUUUCUCAUGGUUUGUCACUACUCCAUUGCUUUCAAUGUGCCUCGUAAAUUUUAUAUUCACCUAGCCUUCUUUCCGCCUAAUUCUCUCUUCUCUGUCUCUCUCUCUCCCCCCUCUCUCUGUCUCUGUCUCUGUCUCUCUCUCUCUCUCUCUCUCUCUCUAAGUAUCUUUUCGUUCUUUCUUUUUCUCGUGCCGUCUUCUACUCUAUCUCCCUGUUUGUGCUUCUCCUUAAUUUGUCUGUACGCCCGUUUGUAUGUCUGUUCCUCUCUUGCUUAA